UUGGAAGAACUUCUAACAUAUACACUAGAUGUAACUGUCUUAGAAAUAUGAGUCACAAUACUUUUGUUGGCUUCAGUAUUAGUAAAAAUAUAUGGGAUACAUCGAUUGCCUGCCAGUACUAUCGCCACCAGGCCACCCACGCAAACGGAAGAAAACCAUCGAUAGCCACCCAGCCAGCGCUUCUGCUCACGCUGUCGCUGCCGCUGCUGCCCCACUGCUCCAACAAUAUCACUAACGUUUUGCUCCACCAAGAGAGAGAAAGGCUUUCCCCGCUUUCCACGGCCAGCUGCGGUUGCAACGCCAUCAACAACGACCCAAACACGCUGGGGCCUGUUUGCACAGGAAUACAACAAUACAACAUUGAGAGCAGUGUUAAAAUAAAUCUGUGAAUAAUCAUUUGAAAGUGUCA